AUGGCCCAGACACUCCUCUCCUCGUUGCGUAUGGCCUCUCGCACUGCUUCUCUUCCCCGACCCAUUCUAUCAACCGCAUCAAGAUGUACAACACGUGCCUUUUCCGAGACGCCGCGGAGGCGAGAUCUGAUGGAGACCUCUGGCUUCACAGAAGAGCAGAUGACUGUCCGAGAAAGCAUCAUGAAGGUUUGUUCCAACUUCCCAGACGACUACUGGAUGGAGAAAGACUACAGCUCAGAAUACCCUCACGAACUCCAUGCAGCAUUGGCCAAAGAUGGCUGGAUAGGCAUUGCACUGCCUGAGAAUCUGGGAGGCUCAGGGUUGGGCAUAUCAGAGGCCACCAUGAUGAUGCAAAGCAUCGCAGAAAGUGGCGCCGGCAUGGCAGGAGCACAAUCAAUACACGCGAACGUAUACGCAACUCAGCCAGUGGCAAAGUUUGCAACAGAAGAACAACGAGAUCGUUUCUUGAAGAAGAUCAUCAGCGGCGAAUGGCGAACAUGCUUCGGCGUUACAGAACCCAACACCGGUCUGGACACCCUCAAGCUCAAAACCACCACCACACCAGAAGGCGACGGCUACCGCAUCACAGGCCAAAAGAUCUGGAUCACCAACGCCCAAAUCGCCGACAAAAUGGUCCUGCUCGCUCGAACGACACCCCUCGAUGAAGUCACCAAGCCCAGCGAAGGUCUCAGCAUGCUCUACAUCGACCUCAACAAAGACGACCCUGGUCUCGAAAUCAAGAAGAUCCGCAAGAUGGGCGGCCGAGCAGUCGACGCCAAUCAAGUCUUCUUCGAUAACUACUACGUCCCGAAAGACGCCCUGAUCGGCAAGGAAGGCAGCGGCUUUAAGCAGAUCCUCCACGGCAUGAACGCCGAGCGCUGUCUCCUCGCUGGCGAAGCCCUCGGUCUGGGAUACGCAGCCCUCAAGAAGUCAACAGACUACGCUCGCGAGCGUGUCGUCUUCGGCAGACCCAUUGGACAAAAUCAAGCCAUCCAGCACCCUCUGGCGUCCGCGUACAUGCAACUGGAAGCAGCAAAGCUAGCGACGUACCACGCCGCUAGACUCUACGAUCGCAGCUCGCCAGAUCAUCCAGAGUAUGAUGAUAGUAUCACACAGCAUCAAGUCGGGGUGGCGGCGAAUAGUGCCAAGUACGUCGCUGCGGAGGCUGCCUACACUGCGUGUGAGAGAAGUGUGAUGAGUAUGGGUGGAAUGGGAUAUGCGGCGGAGUAUCAUGUGGAGCGAUAUUUGCGAGAGUGUUUUGUGCCCAGAUUGGCGCCUGUGAGCAGAGAAAUGAUCAUGAACUUCAUUGGAGAGAAAGCGCUUGGUCUGCCGCGUAGCUACUAG